AUGAGUGACGAAGUUAAUACACAGGCGGAGUUAUUAGACUCUGAGAAAAGAGGUUUUCUCAGGAAUGCAGUUUGUAAGGUCUCUAAAGGUUUGUCAGGACAUCGAGAGGACAAUGGGCUCGAACUUGGGACAAGUGGAUCUACGACAAGAGAGGAAGAACAAGAAGAUGAAGAAUAUCAAAUGAAUAAUUUGCCCGUAGCAGACAAUUGUGAUAUUCCGGGAGAUGUUGUUGGAGAAGACGACGAAGUUUGCUCGACGCUUUUCAUAAGUCCACCACAACCCCAAUCGAAAUUCAUGAGUAUUCUAGUUGGUGUCUUUGUGGCAGUUGGUGGGUUCUUAUUUGGAUAUGAUACCGGAUUGAUCAAUAGUCUUUUAGACAUGAAGUAUGUGGUUCACCAUUUGAGUCCCAAUCAUUCUUAUUUUACCACUAAGGAGCAAUCAAUUAUAGUAUCGUUUUUAUCAUUGGGUACUGUUGUAGGUGCUCUAGCUGCACCUCUAUUGUCUGAUUCAUGUGGUAGAAAAAUGACCAUUAUCUUGAGUGUUGUCAGUGUCUUCUUUGUCGGUAAUUCUUUACAAAUAGCUGCAACUAACAUGCAGUUGCUAGUGGCAGGUAGAGUCAUUUCAGGAGUAGGGCUUGGGUUGAUUUCUGCUGUAGUUCCAUUAUACCAAAGUGAAGCUGCUCAUAAGUAUUUGAGAGGUGCUAUAAUUUCCACUUAUCAAUGGGCAAUUACAUGGGGCCUAUUAGUCUCAAGUGCAGUAUCACAGGGAACCAAUCAAAUAGAUGCCCCUGCUUCCUAUAGGGUUCCGAUUGGAUUACAAUACGUAUGGACAUCCAUAUUAGCUACUGGCAUGAUUUUCUUCCCGGAAAGCCCAAGAUUCUAUGUUCUUAAGGAUAAAUUGGAUAAAGCUGCCAAAUCAUUAUCAUUUUUGAGAGGCGUACCGCAAACGGAUUCUGGUCUUCUAGAAGAACUAGUUGAGAUUAAAGCCACUUACGACUACGAAAAAUCGUUUGGCACUUCAACACUGCUAGAUUGUUUCAAAUCGAGUAAGACAAGACCUAAACAGACUCUUCGAAUGCUUUCAGGCAUUUCACUGCAGGCGUCUCAACAAUUUUCAGGAAUUAAUUUUCUUUUCUAUUACGGUGUGAACUUUUUCAAUAAAACCGGCGUUCAUCGAGCUUAUUUGGUUUCAUUUAUUACUUACGCGGUUAAUGUUGCUUUUAAUAUACCUGGAUUAUUCCUAGUGGAAUACUAUGGUAGAAGGAAAGUUUUAAUCUUCGGUGGGAUAAUGAUGACCAUGUGUAAUUUUAUUAUUGCAAUAGUGGGCACUUCAACAAAUUCUAUCAUUGGUAACAAAGUUAUGAUAGCUUUCAUUUGUCUUUUCAUCGCUUCAUUUUCUGCGACCUGGGGUGGUUGCGUAUGGGUUAUUUCAGCUGAGUUAUACCCAUUGGGAAUACGAUCCAAAUGCACAGCCAUCUGUGCCGCUUCCAACUGGUUGGUAAAUUUUAUCUGUUCACUAAUUACCCCUUACAUCGUGGAUACAGGAAAUCACACUUCGUCUAUGGGUCCCAAAAUUUUUUUCAUAUGGGGGUCGUUAAAUGCCCUGGCCGUUAUCUUAGUCCAUUUUGCAAUCUAUGAGACCAAAGGUUUAACGUUAGAAGAAAUUGAUGAACUUUACGCAAAGAGUCCAAGCAGUUUCCAAUCGACCAAAUGGAAUAAAAUUAUCAGAGAGAGAUCCUCAAGCGAUUUUCUAAAUUCCACCUCAAAGUCAGAGAGCCAACUCCAUAGUGAACAAUACUCAGACUCACCUUAUGAGCAUGAGCAUAUGCACAUUCCGGAACCUGUACACAUGAAUGAACAUGCGUCAACGAUAAUGAAUACCAAGCAAGAGGCAACAGUUACCAAUGAAUCACCACAUACAGAAUUUAAUGAUUUAUCACAGAAUUAUGUCGAUUUGGGUAACGGAUUGGGUCUAAAUACUUAUAAAAGAGGACCACCUUCAAUACCAAGCGACUCAAGCGAUGAAGAAGAUACAGAAGGCGGGCCUUCUUCUCAUAGAAGCAUCGAUAAAAACAUGUCGAGCAUCAAUGAGUACAUGGCUCAUCUCAUGGAGAGUCAUACAAACUCAACAGAUCAAGCGGGACAUUAA